GAAGAUAUUUUUUCAAUAAGAAACAAAAAAAGAAAAAGAAGAAGAUAUUUGUUUUUGGUCGUAAAAUUUAUUGUCAGGAAAGUUGCUGUUUAAUAGGAAACGGGCUGUCGGAUGUCAGCUGGAUUAGCUACUUUUUUGUGAUAAUCAAUGAGGAUUGCUUUAUGACGAAAGUGAAUUUUAUAUCGGGAGGUGGUCCCUAAUAAUCCCGUCGACAUGGGCAUGGACAUGGACAUGGAGUGCAAGCUCCAUCCAUUCAUUCAUUCAUUCCAGAGAGAGUCUGUCUGGGAUGAAAUUUCCUGUUUCAUAAGGAAUUAGCAUAAACCCUUGAUUUGAAAGAAUUUAGAAUUUAAACAUUAGAGACGUUACAGGAGGCAUUAGAAUUCUUGAUUGUGAAGUGAUUUUAGAGCCCCCGGACUGACUCACUCUGCAAGCAUAAACCCUUGACAUGUUCUUUGUUAAUUGUUGGAUUGGAUCCCCCUGUGAUGUGAGGGCAACAAAACUGUGUAAGGGAAACUAGACUCUGCCUGCAGUCUAAUAUUUAUUAAUUUGAGAGGGAAAUUAAGACUUGAAAGAGAGAAGAGAAACAGAAUAAAUAUUCCAAUAAUGCAUGCUUUUGUUCAUAACACGGAUAAAUAAAUAUAAAAAAUGAAGUAGGUAAAAUGCUUGUGAGAUAAGAUUUCUUAAACUGUGAAUCUGUGAUGAUUCCCAUUAACACCCUGAUUUACUGUACCUCAAUCAAUUGCAAAUUAAAGAAUAGAAUUUGAUUUGACCCACACCCAGCCGAUCAAGUAAGAACAAGAUUAGCCAGCAGCCCUCUCCUCUUGCUUCUCAACUCUUUAAUUGGCGUGCUGUGAUAGAUAGCUAACUUGUAAAUACAGAAACAUGCUAAUGUAGCUAGUCCGGUCUAAGGUGGUGGCUAUGAAUAUAAUGCAUUUAUUUAUUUAAAAUACACAAACAUAAUUCAGUUCCUCUCCCAGGGACUGGGGACUGUAGUCUGUAUGUUGGAGGAGAAGUCAAUGAAUUGUCUGCAAAUAUAUACUUGAUCGUGAUGGAUAUUUAUUAUUUAGUUGAAUAAAUCUGAUAACAUAUUUUCCAACUCCAAGGGCUGCUACAUAUUCAUACUAGUCUUGUUUUUUCAAAUGAAUCGUUUUCUGGUAUGACCAUUCUUCCUCGGAGGAGGCGGAGGAGGAGGAGGGAAUGGAACAUCAUGACCUACUUAUUUGAAAAUUAUUGCUAUAUAUAUAUAUGUGUGUGUGUGUGUGUGGAUGUGGUACUAGUAGUACUAGUUGAUCAAUUUGAAGCAGUUGAACGAUCAUGUGGGUUUCUGAGAGACAGUCUUUGGGAAGUUGAAGCUAACCUUAACUGCAUGUUUUCUUUUUAUUUUUCUUGUAAUUGGACGUUGGCAGCAGCUUAGUCAACUUAUAGAUACAUCGAAUAGGUGAAGGAUUUUGGUGCGACGAUGUUGACCCUCCAAUGCUGUCAGCUAUCUUAUCCCUGGGUUUUAAACACUAGCAGAAGAAACGUGCGCUCGCCACUCAGGCGGUAAAUUCUCCGGCUGCUGUUGACAAAGUGCCGAGAUCCCAGCCCUGCAGAGAUUCCUUCAACCUCCUCCAAUAUUUUCCAGUUGCUCUGUUUCUCUUCUUGUCUGAACUUAUGGCUCCAUUAGCAUCAUUGUUAGUGUCCCUGUUAACCAUACUUGGGCUAUUCACAUCAGGAGUUCUUUCAACCACAUUCACAAUGGUGAACAAAUGCGAGUACACAGUUUGGCCUGGCAUUCUCACCAACGCCGGCGUGCCUCCGCUUCCGCCCACCGGCUUUGCUCUCCAAAAGGGCGAGACCAAGACCAUCUCUGCCCCAACCUCCUGGGGCGGCCGCUUCUGGGGCCGAACCCUCUGCUCCCAAGACUCCUCCGGCAAAUUCUCCUGCGUCACAGGCGAUUGCGGCUCCGGAAAAGUAGAAUGCGCCGGUAACGGCGCUGCCCCUCCCGCCACUCUCGCCGAGUUCACCCUCGACGGGUACGGCGGCCUCGAUUUCUUCGACGUCAGCCUCGUCGACGGUUACAACCUCCCUAUGUUGGUGGUCCCACAGGGCGGCAGUGGGACCAACUGCUCGAACACCGGCUGCGUGGUCGAUCUCAACGGCCUUUGCCCUUCCGAGCUCAAGGUCACCAGCGCCGACGGCAGAGAAGGCGUGGCCUGCAAGAGCGCGUGCGAGGCGUUUCAACAGCCGCAGUACUGUUGCAGCGGCGCGUAUAGUACACCGGACACUUGCAAGCCGUCAUCUUACUCUCAGAUAUUCAAGAACGCUUGUCCACAUGCCUACAGUUACGCAUACGACGAUAGGACCAGCACCUUCACAUGCGCUGCUGCGGAUUACACCAUCACUUUCUGCCCCUCGCCUAGCACCAGCAAGAAAGAGUCUCAGGGACAGAACACACAGCCACAGCCUACAAAUACUACUUCAGGUACACCGUCGUCUACAAGCAGCUCACCGGAGCAGAUAAACAACACAAUGGAAUACGAAGGUGCCUCGUACGAUCAAAGCCAAGCAUCGUCGUCCACGAGUACUACGUCACACGCAAUUGCGGGUUUGGUUACCGUCGCGCUGGCCAUUCAGCUGCUGUCGCAGCUCGUCAUCUAACUUCUUCCGUGAUGGUGGCCCAUAACUUGGGCCCAAUCGGGGACGUGGACCCUGCAACUUUUUUGCACCAGUUUUAUUUUUUAUUAUUUUUUAAUAAUUUUAUAUCGCAUGGGUCAUGUGAAUUGCUUAGUGGGGCCCAUGUGACGUGGAUUUGAGUCAUUGAUUGAAAAGCCCCCCACCCGUCUGCUUAAGCCCCUUGUUCAGGAAUUGGACAAGUUGGGUUCUAAAGGCGAAUGAACAAGUUGAAGGGGCACCCAAUUAGAAUUUAGAAUAGAUUAGAUAUGUAGAAAUGCAAAAAUUUGUGGUAGUGGACAACAACAACACGUGGACAUGGACAUGGACAUGAAGAUGAAGAUGAAGAUGAAGUAGAGGCUAGAGCUGUUGGGUGGCAGGAAUAUUUUAGAUAAUUUUUUUAAUUUUUGGUCAUCCAAUUCUUUAUGUUAAAUGGAGGGUCGAAAUUGGUUUGUUUGUAUUUUA